AUGGCGGCGGCGGCAUGUGCUGCGGCGCGCGCGUCGCGGCGCGCGUACGCGCGCGUACGCGCGCGGCCGCGGCGGCGCGCGACAGGCUGGCGCGUGCGCGGCGGCGGCGCGCGGGCGGACUUGUCCAAGCUUCGGCCUAAGGCCUCAACGCAGGGGGCGGAGGUUCAGAAGCUGAGGGGCAAGGUGAACAACGCCAAGAAGGAGUUCGCCAAGGUGGAGGCGGCCGAGAAGACCGCCCACCUGGAGGCCAAGGAGCGUCGGGAGGCGGCGGCCAUCCUCAAAACCGCUACCGCCGAGCUGGAGCCGGUGGAGGCCCAGUGCGCGAAGAUCACGGACUCGGCCGCCGAGCUGUUGGCGGCGAAGGGCGAGGACCUGCAGAAGUUUGCCACUCCGUGCACUGUCUUGGAGGGGGUGGAGAAGUCGGUCCUGGAGGCGGCCUCUGCCCUCUCGAAGGUGAAGGCAUCUUUGACAGAGGAGACCAAGAAGAUCAAGGCAACCAAGGGCCCUCUGAUGGAGGCCAAGAAGGAGCUGGCCAAGCUCAACACUAAGGCAGAUAGCCUUAUGAAGAAGAACAAUGCGACUCUCCAGGCCGCGCGGGCGGCUUGCAAGACCAUCUCCGAGAGCGGCGCAACCAAGGCCUCCGAGGCCCUGCGCGCCGAGGCACAGAAGCGGAGCCUCACGGCGGACGGGCUUUUUGCGGAGCUGGCGGGCGGUGCGGAUCGACUGCCGCAUGAGAAGCUCGCCAAGUGCCUGCUGGGGCUGGGCUUGGAGCUGCCGGAGGAGCAUGCCAAGCUGAUUUGCCGCAAGGUGGAGGCGGGGUCCAUCAGCAAGCGCAGCUUCCAGUCCUUUGUGCAGCGCUACUAUGUGGUGACCACAGCUAUUGCAAUCACCUCGGAGUUCGAUCUCAGCAAGGCAAAGACUUUGCGCAAGGCAGAGCCCGAAGAGAUCUUCGAGAUUCUGGAGGGCCCGCAGUCCGAUGAGAAGAUCGGGCUCACGCGGGUCCGCGCAAGGUCGCUGGUGGACGCGACCGAGGGGUGGCUGAGCAUCAAGGGCAACCAGGGCUCCAUCUUCCUCAAAGAGUUGGAGAAGCCCUUUUACACCGUAUCCGGCGCUGAGGAGGUGCGCCUCGAUGCUGGGAUCAAGUGCGAGGGCGAGCCUCUGCGCGUGAUCAAGAGCGGCGAGGUGAUGGAGAUGUUGGAAGGCCCCAAGAAGGAGACCUUCCCAGCUGCGCUCAAGGGCAAGGCCAAGGCUAUGUCAGAUGAUGCUGCUGGCUGGUUCAGCAUCAGGGACCGCCAGGGCAACGUCUUCGCGGAGGCGGAGGGCAAGAUCUAUAGCUGCGUCUCCACUGUCGCAAUGACCGACAAUUUUGACAUCAAGGACUGUCAGGUGGUGAAGAAGCUGGCCGUCGGGGAGCUCUUCAGCGUGGAGGAGGGCCCAACCACUCAGGAGGAGUCCGGCGUGACCAGAGUCAAGGGGAAGACCUUGACAGACGAGAAGGUCGGCUGGGUCACCAUCAAGGGCAACGCAGGCACCACCUACGCACAGGCGAGCAAGACGCACUACGCCAUUGUGAAGGAGGUGAAGCUGCAGAAGGCCUUGGCCGACAAGUCCGAGACCGUGCGCAUGCUGAAGCCUGGGGAGGCUGUCCAGGUCACAGAGACGAAGGAGGAGGCGCAGCAGCCCUCCGUGCGCAUCAAGGUCAAGACGAGCGAUGGCCUCUCCGGGUGGGUCACAGUGCAGCCCGGCCACGUCAAGAGGUGGUCUAGCACCUACAAGUGCGUGGCUGCCACCAGCCUUGGCUCGGCUGCAAAGGCCGAGGGCGCUGAAGUCGUGCGGGAGAUCGCGGCGAACGAAACGCUGGAACUGCUCGAAGGGCCUGUCGAAGAGGCAGGCGACCUGAGAAUGAAGGCCAAGGCCAAGAAGGACGGUGCCGAGGGGUGGGUGUCCAUUCGGGAUAGCAGCGGCAAGAGGUUUUUGUCCUGCUGA